AUGCCAUUAAAGCCAUUUACAUAUCCACUACCUGAAACAAGGUUUCUUCAUGCGGGUAGACUCGUGUAUAAAUUUAAAAUCCGGUAUGGCAACUUCAACAGUGCUGAUGAUCUAGAUAAUACUGAAAGUACUGUCAAGGAGUUAGAGGAAGCGAUUCGAGUAAUCCUUGGAAAUCUUGAUGACUUGCAUCCGUUUUCUACAGAACGCUUCACUAUCUUUCCCUAUUUAAGUAAAUGGCAGAGAGUAUCAAAAAUGAGAUUCAAACAUGGGGAUGUACAUCUUGUGCCUUAUCCCUACAUUUGCACUAUGUAUCUAGAACUCAAUUCAUUUCAGCAAAACGUAUCUUUUG